AUGGAGAACUCUACUCACUUCAAGGUCUUUAGGCUUGCUGCAUACGGGGAUAUCGGACAAUUGAAGUAUUUCUACUAUGCUGUAGUAACUGUAUUAUAUUUUGUCAUAAUUCUUGCCAAUGCUUUCCUUAUUGGAGUUAUCUGCAUUGAAAGAAGCCUUCAUGAACCCAUGUAUCUGUUUCUAUGUGCUUUGUUUGUUAAUCAGUUGUAUGGGAGCACUGGUUUGUUUCCUGCUCUCAUGUUUAACUUGCUCUCUGACACACAUGAUAUUUCCCUUCUUUAUUGUUGUCUCCAGAUUUAUGUGUUGUACACAUACGUUCUAACAGAAUUUAGUAAUAUAGCAGUUAUGUCCUAUGACAGGUAUAUUUCUAUUUGUUAUCCUCUAGAAUAUAACAAUAUUAUGACACCUAAAAAAAUUUGUGGCUUAAUUCUACUGUCCUGGGUGUAUUCUUUUUUCAUCAACGCCAUCAUUAUCUCCCUGACUUUGCGACUGCAAUUUUGUGGUAACGUUCUAGACAGAGCGUAUUGUGACAACUACUCCGUAGUCAAGCUUGCAUGUUCAAAUACUAUACUGAAUAAUAUAGCGGGUCUUGCUGGCACUUUGCUGACUUUUUCUUGUACUAUAUGUCCUACAAUAUACUCAUAUGUAAGAAUUCUACAAAUAUGUUUAAAGUCUUCAAAAGAUACGAAACAGAAAGCAUUUAACACUUGUACGCCACAUAUAGCCUCUUUGCUGAACUUCUUCUUUGGCUGUUUAUUUUUGAUUCAACAAGGCAGAUAUGAAACUGCACAUAUUCCACCUAUACUUCGCACUAUUUUAUUUGUUUAUUUUCUGGUAUGUCCACCACUUUUCAAUCCUUUUAUGUAUGGUGUACGGAUGGUUAAAAUCAGGCAGGCUUGUAAAAAGGUACUAGGCCUUAACUCUAAAAAAUAACCUGAUUGUUUAUUUUUGUAAUAUUUCAUUAUGUGUUUUGUUUCUUAUAGUUGCUAUCAUUGAAUGUACUAAUACAGGUGUCAUUUUGGCAUAAUUUCUCUGUAGCCCAAAGAUUACUUAAACAAUUGUCGCAAGUUUAUUAUGUAUUGUAACUGAGAAUGUUUUGUGUCAUGUUAAUUAACUGCAUAACUACGGAGCAUCAAAGGGAACUACCCUCCCUACAUUCAGGCUAUGCUCAAACAGAUGCUAAGUGGGAUCUUUGGGACGACCCUACACCCCGACCCAUUCUGCCACCUCUGGUCUAUUGGCCACCUAACGUUAGGACAGCUGUGUCCCUGCCCAUCUUCCUAAAACGUCUGUCAUCGUGAAAAUGAUUUAUUUUGUUGCAGUUUUCAAGUUAAUUUCCUGCAGUUCUACACAUUUUGCUAUGAGGCAGAGAUAAAGGGAACAUGAAGGUUGUAUAGUGCAGGUGUUUCUGCAAUGUAUAUGUAACGUGUGCUUACAUUAUUCUAGCAGGGAUGGUUUAUGACAGGUUUGUCUCCAUUUGUAAGCCAUUACAAUAUCAUAGCAUUAUGACCCCUUAUAAUGUGAAGAUGUUGUUAACCUUGGUAUAUUUUAUUCCCAUAACCAUUUUCUCUCACUUAGCAGUUGAUAAAUUAUCCUGUGUUGAAAGUGCACUGAGUAACCUGUAUGGUAUAUGUAUCAUAGCAAGCCUAGUGGUUUUACCUUUUGUGUUAGUUGGACUCUCAUAUGUAAAAAUAUUACUUGUUUGAUUAAAAGCCUAAAAGGAGUCACAAAAGGCUUUUAAUACGUGUGCUCCCCACUUGAUCUCUUUCAUCAACUUCUCUGCAGCCACCCUUUUUUCUCUUAUUUACAACAGGCACAACACAGCAACCAGAGAGGUUAAUGUAUUAAUAUCAGUACAGUUCAUUCUGUUCCAUAGCCGUGGGGGAUAAAACACUAUGCCUGCGCUACAUAAGGCUAUUUCGGUCUGUUAAUGCAGGACUUGUAAUGGCUCAGUGCACUACUUUUGUGAGAAAAAAAGUUGCCCAAAAAUAUUCAUAUUUUUAAGUAACUCUGAUUUUUCAGGGGUGCAUCACCCUCAGCACCCCUACUUCCUGUGGCUAUGUUAUGUUCCAUCACUGUUGCACCCUAUCAUAUUGGGAUUAGGACCAAGGAGAUCAGAAAUCUGAACCUAAACUGGUACCAAUUAUGACUUUAGAUUGUACAGUAGCAGGGACAGGGUUACCGGUUUGAAUCCCAGGACUGACAGGAAUAUCUGUCAGAAUGUGAGCUGCCAGAACUGCUGGAAGAACUGACUGCUUAUACUGUACAUUUGUUUUUAUCAUCAACCUAAUCAUUUGUAUCGCAUUUUAUUUCUGUAAAUUCUUAUGCAUUUCCAUUAAAUGUAUUUUACUGUCAUACUACUGUAAAGCACUGUAGUAAAGUCAAAUCAGGGAUGCUGCUGUGUCACUGACCCUAUGUUCUUCAAGCAUGUCAAUGGACAUGUAUUUCUGUUUCAGGGGGGUUGGGGAAAGAGCAAAAGGAUGUAAGCAUCCAUUAAAUUCAGUUUCCACAAAUGGGCAAUAAACUAUUCCUCUAGUAGUGAAGGAUCUAGCAGAUCUUUUAGAAAUACUGAGGAAAUGUCAAUUAGAAAACUGUUGGAUUUUGUUUCUUGUCCUAGUAAAAUACACAAUUUCCUGUAAAAUAAAAGGGAUGAAUCCAUUUGCUUGAUCAAACAGUUGUUUAUUUAUUUAGUCAUGCUACAAUAAACAAAACAUUAUUUAUUGUAAAUGUAAAUUAAAAUAAUUCCAAUGCAUUUUGGAGCUUCAUAUACAAUGACGAAGAUCAGCUAAAUUCCCCACAACUACACUUCACCAAAAGACACCUCAGUUUGCGUUAGAAACAUAGAUUUAGAUAAACAUUGCAUCAGUGUAUCUGUCCUAUUAUGGUAUCUGCGAGAGCACUGGAAGCACCAUUGAGGCCAUCUCCAUUUUGAAGUAGUCAAUUUUCUGCUACUACUUCUACGAGUUGGCAAACAAACUGGAAGGGUGCAUACUGCCACCUGGAGUGUGUUUUUUGAACAGGUAUAAAGACAAGGUUGGCUAUUUACUGCCAACUGCAGUUAUGGAAUAUCUGCUCAUAAGUAUAAUUCAUUGGCUGAUCCCUCCUGGUGACCUAUAAGGAAUUAUGUGAUCCUUCAUUAACUCACAGGAAGUCCCACCCAGUUACUACUUCAAAAUGGUGAAUGUCCUCAGUGGCGCAGCCCAUGCUAAAACUGGCUUUUGGCAACUACAGUCCUCCACUUAUCUCUAAGGUUACAAACUUUUUAGACCGGCCACUGAGCUAAAGAUGGACCAGCCCGUAUGGCAUUUGCCCUAACUACCUGGCCCGUCUGUUUCUGCUUAAUUCUUAAAUGUAUGUUCACACUGUAAUUUAAGCACAGGUGUUGUUUAAUACCACUAUAUAAUGAUAUAUUGUGGGGUGUGUUUGUUUUAACAUGAAGAACACCUCUGGUACAGCAUAACAUUUUAAGUCAGUGGUCCGGCGCGAGGAAAAAAAAAACACAUUAUAUAUUAUUACAGUACCAGUAUAAAGUUUGGACACACCUACUCAUUCAAGGGUUUAUCUUUAAUUUUACUUUUUUCUAAAUUGUAGAAUAAUAGUGAAGACAUCAAAACUACGAAAUAACACAUGUAGUAAUCAAAAAAGUGUUAAACAAAUCGAAAUAUAUUUUAUAUUUGAGAUUCUUCAAAAUAGCCACCCUUAGCCUUGAUGACAGCUUUGCAUACACUUGGCAUUCUCUCAACCAGCUUCAUGAGUUAGUCACCUGGAAUGCAUUUCAAUUAACAGGUGUGCCUUUGAGCCAAUCAGUUGUGUUGUGACAAGGUAGGGUUGGUAUAGAGAAGUUACCCCUAUUUGGAAAAAUACCAAGUCAAAAUUAUGGCAAGAACAGCUCAAAUGAGCAAAGACAAACGACAGUCCAUCAUUACAUUAAGACAUGAAGGUCAGUCAAUCCGCCAAAUUUCAAGAACUUUUAAAGUUUCUUAAAGUGCAGUCGCAAAAAACCAUCAAGCGCUAUGAUGAAACUGACGCUCAAGAGGACUGCCACAGGAAAGGAAUACCAAUGAUUUACCUCUGCUGCAGAGGUUAAGUUCAUUAGAGUUAUCUGCACCUCAGAUUGCAGCCCAAAAUAACUGCUUCACAGAGUUCAAGUAACAGACAAAUCUCAAAAUCAACUGUUCAGAGGAGACUGCAUGAAUCAGGCCUUCAUGGUUGAAUUGCUGCAAAGAAACCACUACUAAAGGACACCAAAAAGAAGAAGAGACUUGCUUGGGCCAAGAAACACGAGCAAUGGACAUUAGACCGGUGGAAAUCUGUCCUUUGGUCUGAUGAGUCCAAAUUUUAGAUUUUUCUUUCCAACUGCUGUGUCUUUGUGAGACACAGAGUAGGUGAACAGAUGAUCUCCGCAUGUGUGGUUCCCACCGUGAAGCAUGGAGGAGGAGGUGUGAUGGUGUGGGGGUGCUUUGCUGGUGACACUGUCUGUGAUUUAUUUAGAAUUCAAGGCAUACUUAACCAGCAUGACUACAACAGCAUUCUGCAGCGAUACACCAUCCCAUCUGGUUUGCGCUUAGUGGGACUAUCAUUUGUUUUUCAACAGGACAAUGACCCAAAACACACCUCCAGGCUGUGUAAGGGCUAUUUGACCAAGGAGAGUAAUGGAGUGCUGCAUCAAAUAACCUGGCCUCCACAAUUCCCCGACCUCAACCCAAUUGAGGUGGUUUGGGAUGCGUUGGACCUCAGAGUGAAGGAAAAGCAGCCAACAAGUGCUCAGCAUAUGUGGGAACUCCUUAAAGACUGUUGGAAAAGCAUUGCUCAUGAAGCUGGUUGAGACUAUGCAAAGCUGUCAAGGCAAAAUGUGGCUACUUUGAAGAAUCAAAAAUACAAGAUAUAUUUUGAUUUCUUGAACACUUUUUGGGUUACAAAAUUAUUCCAUAUGUGUUAUUUCAUAGUUUUGAUGUCUUCACUAUUAUUCUACAAUGUAGAGAACAGUCAAAAUAAAGAAAAACCCUUCAAUGAGUGGGUGUGUCCAAACAUUUGACUGUUGCUGAAGAUAAAAAAAAAAUAUGGGCUGCAUUUAUUGCAUGUUAUUUGUUUGUUAUAAAAUCGCUCUCUUUCAUGUGCCAUUGCACUUCAUUCCAUAGGCUGCCUCACUAUUCAACCUGGACUCAGUGGUAGACGUAACAUAGUACAUGUAAAUCUGCUUCCUCCAUUUAGUAUGAUUUGUUACAAAUUACAAUUUGUAACCUAUAAUACUAACCAACCACCUACCGACCCUCUUUUUCUUUUUGUAUUAAGUAACCUUCUGACUUAUGUAACCAUACCAAACAUAACAUAUCAUACAUAUUAGAGUGAGACGAAUUUACAUUUACUAUGUUACGUCUAGUCUAUGAGACCAGGCUGCACUUUUCUCAAUUUCAUAUUAUACGCCUUUGUGUUAAAUUAGUUUUGAUAGGCUACAGUAGGCUAUAGUUUAGGUGGAGCCUACGGCUGCAUUUUGAAAACACUUGACAGUUGUAUGUCAUAGUGGAGACCAAUAUCUAUCUUGUUAUUAAGCUAUAUAAACAACGGUUAUUGAUAUGUAUUGUUGCAUUUCAGAGACAUUUUUCCAGUAAUACGACCUAGGUCUACAGUAGCAGUAGGACAUUUAUUAAUACAAUUAAUGCUUUAGCAUUUGAGCGAGUGAGAGAGAGAGGAGGAUUUUGAUAACAGGCCCUGGUGCGAAAUGGUUUGCACUGCGUAAAAUGGCUGGUCUCAUUGUGGAUUUGGUUCCCCCUUUGCUGCUAUAACAGCCUCCACUUUUCUGGGAAGGCUUUCCACUAGAUGUUGGAACAUUGCUUCGGGGACUUGUUUCCAUUCAGCCACAGUAGCAAUUAGUAGGGACCCGCUUGUUUCCCCGAUGUAUGUGGCGUUGCAGCAAUUCAAGUUUCUGGAAUUCCGAUUGCGUAGGGCAGCAUCUCCUUUUUUGGGGCGUCUUAUCCCGUGCAUCAUUUGGAGUGGCAAUCCACCUCUAGCCCCUUGUGGUAGCGGGGUCAAGGUUAGAAUUCCACGGUCUCAAAGAUGGGGAGAAGUAAGGGAGGGAGAAGGGGAGACCAUCCGUCCUUGUCCUAUAGGCAGUUGGAUUUACCUUUAUUACCAUAGUGUGUGCCCAGUGUUGGGAGCUCCGGACAGGCCUAAGUUGCUAGUGGUAGCUUUGUGCACAAACGGCACGACGGGGGACUAAGCGGACCCAGGGUUGUAGAUGAGCAUCCCUCGACGUGUGUGGUUGGUUGGUUUGUUGGUUGGUUGGAGGGCGGACAGAGGGGAGGCGGGCAUGCGUACGGGUGGAUGUUAGGAGGCUGUGUUGUUCCCACGAUGGCUGGGGACGUUAAAGGGCCCGUGGUUUCGGCAACCCUUUUGUUCCCCAGCUUGUUGCAAUGAGUGAUGGUUGGAUGGGUGGGUGGGAUGAGUUGUGUUGCUCCCUUGAUUGAUGUUGAUGGAGGGCCCAUGGUUUUGGCAACCCUCAGUCUGAGGCUUGGGUCGAGAGACGUGGUGGGGCCCGUAUUUUUCAGGCCGCCCCACGUGUCCCGUAGGGCCCAUGGUCAUGGUAGACCUGCAUCUCCAGCCCAAGCCCAAGACGUUACAGGGCCCGUAGUCGUGGCAACCCUAAGUAUCAUGUGGUGUGUGGUGGAGAUGUUGAAGGGCCCAUGUUUGUGGCAACCCUGUGUCUCAGACUGCGACUUAGAGGCAGGUGUUGGUAACGGGAUGGGUGGCAUUGUGGUGGUGUUGGUGGGGUUUGAGGGUUUGAUGUGACGCUGUCGCUUUGGCUGUGAUUGUUUCCGCUGCUGGUUUGAUAUUCUACCCGCCCUUAGUCGUGGAGGGAUUGUGAUGCCCUUUUGUUGAGUCCGUUGCGUAUAGUGGUGGCCAGCCAGGCGAUCCAGUAGCGCUCCCUGCUGUGUUAUUGUUUGAUGGUCCACUUGGGAUUGUGUUAGAGAGCAGUCAUGCGGAGUUAUUCGGAGUGGUGUAUUUUAAGGAAGUGGUGUUUGAGGGGUGUGUUGGUGCGGCGAAAGGUAGAGCGGUUGUAAAGAUGUUGGGUGAAGCGGGUGUGUAGGGACCCGCCGGUUUCCCCGAUGUAGAUGGCGUUGCAGGUUUUGCAGAUGAGGGCGUAGACACAGUUGGUUGUGUGUAGAGUGUGGGUUCUGUAGGGGCUGUGUAUCCACAUGUCGGUGCUGCAUUUCGAGCCGCGGAUGCUGUUGAGUUGGUCGAAGUGGGGUUAUAGUCUGCUGUGUACCACUCGGUCACGGAGGUUGGGCUUCCGGUUGUCCUCGCUCCGUUGGUUGUGACGUCUGUUGGAUAGUUGGGGUGUCGGACGUUGGUCGGGAGGGAUCUCUGGUGCUCCCUCAUUGCGUCGACUGGAACGUUUGUUCUAUGGUCGGAGAGUCGGACGUUGGCCGGGAGGAGCUUCCGGUUGUCCUUCGCUCCUUCGGUUGUGGCAUUCGCUGGCUGAUCGGAGAGUCGGAUGUUGGUCAGGAGGGGUCUCCGGUACCCCCAAAAAUAAAAUAUAUUUGGAAUUGUUUAACACUUUUUUGGUUACUACAUGAUUCCAUAUGUGUUAUUUCAUGGUUUUGAUGUCUUCACUAUUAUUCUACAAUGAAAAUAGUAAAAAUAAAGAAAACCCCUUGAAUGAGUAGGUGUGUCCAAACUUUUGACUGGUAGUGUAUUAGGUAGGCUACGGUACUGUAUUGCAUACAACCUCCGCGUCCAGCUGCCCCAUGGCGGCAAUUCUACAUAUUUUUUAGUAGACCUAGGGUUACAUUUUCUUCAUCUCUAAAGGCUUUCCACAAAAUGCACAGAUCUCAGCAAAGUUUUGCUCAUGUGUGCAAUUUUGAUAUGUUACACCUGUUCAGCUCCAGGAAGUCAAUUAGAGGAGGACUAGACUUGAAUAGCCAUUUUAUGAACAAAUUAUUUCAUUUUAUUUAAUGAAAAACAUUUCAAUUGCAAAAUAUUUACGGAGCGUAUAAUAACUGGUGUUAGUACAAAGUACUAUAACCUUCAUAGAGUUGAUAUUGAAGUGGUCCAUAUCAUCUCUCUACCCCCAGCAAAAUGUUCACAGGCCUCAUUGCAGCUGACCUCUUGAUUGGCACAACCCAUCCAGCCAGGGACCUCAUACUCCCCAAUAAUUUAUAUAUUUGAAUGUAGCAUGUGUAAGAGAAGUGUACAAGUUAAUACUUUUAAUUAACUUGAAACCUUGAACUUGAAACCUCUCUUACCUCACCAUACAGGAUCUUAAUUUGACUAGUUUCUCACAGAAGGAAAAUCAUCCUUAAGUAAUAGGAAAUGUGAAUUAUUAUGCCGACUAUAAUGAAUGGAUAUCUUUGUAGGGUUGAUAAAUCUUUUGGCUAAUUAAGUCUGAAAUGUCAGAGAAAAUUACAAACUUUAGAAGCGUUUUUUAACCUCAUACACAACACGUUUGCAUUUCCUGCAAUGCAGGACAUUUCCUGCAACAACAGUGUGAUCAUAUUAAGAUCAUACACCUGUAGUACACAGGCCUGACUCAUAUUAGGCUCAGGGAUGACUGAAACACAAUACCCUUUAUAUAUGCAACUUGACAGAUGGCCACUGGUUUUAGUCUUGCUGGAGAUUGCAGUCAUUAAAGACAGCUUCUUUGUGGUUUCAGUUGUUUGAAAUGGGUUAUAUUCUGCCACCCUAUUUAUAUGGGAAGUUUUUCAAGGGAAGGUAAAAAAUUAUAUAUAAUAUAAAAGUGUAUACCACAUAGAAAUGCAGAGACAUUGGGAUGUUAAUUAACGACUUGAAUGCCUGUCCAUUUAAAAGAUGGUCAAUUGAGCAACAAAACAUGUUCACAGAAUUUUGCCAUCAGUCUUUAAAUAACAGGUCAUUACUCCACUGUAUCUCUCAAUUCCCUUUAAAACAAUUUAGCAAUACCUACCUGUGAGAUCAGAGAGGCUGAAACAACAACAGAGGUAGCCCUUGGUCGCCGUAGCUUGUCUCUCGUUAGACCAUAUUACCGCCACACCGGUGGUCACAAGUCAUGACCGCAGUCAAAUUCCACAUGACCAUUUAGUCACGGUGACUAAUAAUAUAAUAAUAAUAUGCCAUUUAGCAGACGCUUUUAUUCAAAACGACUUACAGUCAUGAGUGAUAAAUUUUUUACGUAUGGGUGGUCCCGGGGAUCGAACCCACUACCCUGGCGUUACAAGCGCCAUGCGCUACCAAUUGAGCUACCAAUUGAGCUACCAAUUGAGCUACCAAUUGAGCUACCAAUUGAGCUACCAAUUGAGCUACCAAUUGAGCUACCAAUUGAGCUACCAAUUGAGCUACCAAUUGAGCUACCAAUUGAGCUACCAAUUGAGCUACCAAUUGAGCUACCAAUUGAGCUACCAAUUGAGCUACCAAUUGAGCUACCAAUUGAGCUACCAAUUGAGCUACCAAUUGAGCUACCAAUUGAGCUACAGAGCUUGGAGACUAGGCUUCUCCAAGCUCUGAUGCUGCAGAUGGUCAUUAGUAGCCUACAAAACUUUCUAACUGCCUGGUACUGAGCAUUGUAUUGUCCCGCUAAUCACUUUGACAUCAAUGCAAAUGUAUCGAAAAUCAAAUCAAACACUUCAUGAGAGCCCAUGAGCUCAUGUUGAGCAACAUUUCUGUAGGCUAUGCAAUUGCGUGAGAAAACAGAGUUUUGAUGGCCUGUAUUAAAAAGAGGAGGGUCCCAUCAGCUUUCUAUAGGCUAGGUCUACUAUAUUUAUUUCUCAACUUUCCUAAUAUUAAGCACAUUGCUUCGUUUUACAACAGGAGUAUAGCCUACCUGGCUGGCAUGAAAAUGAACCACAGGAAAAUAGUCCUCCAUUCGCUAUUUAAGUGCAUAGAUUACAUUUAUUUUCCCCCCCCUGCCCCUGUUCUGAGACAGGUGCAUGAAAAUGGUUUGUUCUACAUCAAAUCUAAUUUCACACAUAUAUUAUUAGUAUAUGUAAAGACAAGAUUAAAUUAAGAAGUCUGAUGGGUGACAAUGUUAUCCUAUCAAUUGCAUUCGGAAAGUAUUCAGACCCCUUGACCUUUUCCAAAUGUUGUUACAUUACAGCCUUAUUCUAAAAUGGAUUAAAUUGUUAUUAAUCACACUUCACCAUCUGGCAGUCCGAGGGAUGAAUCUGGGUUUGGCGGAUGCCAGGAGAACACUGCAUUCCCGAAUGCAUAGUGCCAACUGUAAAGUUUGAUGGAGGAGUAAUAAUGGUCUGGGGCUGUUGUUCAUGGUUGGGGCUAAGCCCCUCAGUUCCAGUGAAGGGAAAUCUUAACGGUACAGCAUACAAUUACAUUCUAGAUGAUUUUGUGCUUCCAACUUUGUGGCAACAGUUUGGGGAGGCCCUUUCCUGUUUCAGAAUGACAAUGACCCCGUACACAAAGUUCAGAGGAGUUGGGUUAAAUGCGGCAGACACAUUUCAGUGGAAUGUAUUCAGUUGUACAACUGAAUAGGUAUCCCCUUUCCCAAAGCGAGAUCCAUACAGAAAUGGUUUGUUGAGAUCGGUGUGGAAGAACUUGACUGGCCUGCACAGAGCCCUGACCUCAACCCCAUCGAACACCUUUGGGAUGAAUUGGAACGCCGACUGCGAGCCAGGCCUAAUCGCCCAACAUCAGUGCCCAACCUCAUAAAUUCUACUGUGGCUGAAUGGAAACAAGUCCACGAAGCAAUGUUCCAACAUCUAGUGGAAAGCCUUCCCAGAAAAGUGGAGGCUGUUAUAACAGCAAAGGGGGGACCAAAUCCAUAUUAAUGCCCAUGAUUUUGGAAUGAGAUGUUCGACGAGCAGGUAGUAUAUCUGUUUCUGUGCAGUUUGAUUGUGAAUGAGUUGUAUGGCAGCACUGGUUUGUUUCCUGCUCUCAUGACUCAUUUGGUUUCAGAUGUCUAUGCAGUUUCCACUGUAUACUGUUACCUACAUAUCUUUUGCAUUUACACAUAUGGAUCUCUUGAAUUCUGCAAUUUAGCAGCCAUGUCCUAUAACAGGUACCUUGCUUUAUGUUAUCCACUACAGUAUAACGUCAUCAUGACACCCAACAGG